AUGGCGCUGCCGUUGCAGCCGUCACUGCCCCUGUCCCUGCCCGCGGCCGCGGCGGCGCUGGCGGCCCUCGCCGCCCUCCUCUUCGUCCUGAUUUGUGCAAUUGCUCAUGUAACUGCCAAAAAAAUGCCAACCCUUCACCGACACGAAGAAGAGAAAUUCUUCGUAAACGCUGAAGGCAGGAAAGAACCUCUACCAAGUGUACAUGAUCCCCCUACAAGGGAACUCUCUGUUGUUGUGCCUUCAUACAAUGAGGAAGACCGGUUACCUCUUAUGAUGGAUGAAGCUUUGGAUUAUCUAGAAAAAAGACAGAAACGAGAUCCUUCAUUCACUUAUGAAGUGAUAGUGGUUAAUGAUGGUAGUAAAGAUCAAACUACAAAGGUUGCAAUGCAGUACUGCAAGAAAUAUGGAAGCGACAAAGUGCGAGUACUUUCUUUGGUAAAAAAUCGAGGGAAAGGAGGAGCAGUCAGGAUGGGUGUCUUUAGUUCUCGGGGGAAAAAAAUUCUUAUGGCUGAUGCAGAUGGAGCUACAAAAUUUGCAGAUAUUGAAAAAGUAGAAGAAGGCCUAAAAAAUCUCCAACCAUGGCCUAACCAGAUGGCUAUUUCCUGUGGUUCUAGAGCUCAUCUGGAGAAGGACUCAGUAGCAAAGCGCUCCUACUUUCGAACUCUCCUUAUGUACGGCUUCCACUUCCUUGUUUGGUUUCUCUGUGUCAAAGAGAUCAGGGACACACAGUGCGGAUUUAAACUUCUAACCAGAGAAGCUGCCUUGCGGACUUUCUCAACUCUUCAUAUAGAACGCUGGGCAUUUGAUGUGGAACUUCUUUAUAUAGCCCAGCGCUUGAAAAUACCUAUAGCAGAAGUUGCUGUCAACUGGACUGAAAUAGAAGGUUCUAAGUUAGUUCCCUUUUGGAGCUGGCUGCAGAUGGGCAGAGAUCUUCUUUUUAUACGACUGCGAUAUAUGACUGGUGCCUGGCGGCUUGAAAGAAGAAAAUGUAAUUAGGUUAUUUACAUUUUCCAAAUAUAUUAUUAUACUUAAUAGAACAGUUAGAACAGUUUCAAUCAAGUGAAGUGGUGAUGAAAACUGAGGUAAUUCUUCAUUGCUGCUCUUGUAUGUUUCAUUUUUGCAGCACAUAUGUGUUUUGUAAGAUUGCCAGCAGGGAAUUUGUACAUUUUGAAAAGAGAAAGCAUUUCAAAAAAGAUUUUCUUACCUGGUAAUCAAGUUUUUAUUUCAUUAAAUAAUAGCUUUAACAUGUCUUAUAAAUUAAUUCAAAUAAAUAUAUCUGCUUUUGUCUCAUCACA